CCACUCUCCUUCACCUUUUCUCUCCUGUCUGUCUGCUUUCUGAUGUCUCCUCCCCAAGCCAGAGGCCCCUGCCCUUGUGCAACCUUCCCUGAUUCCUAGCCCUUCCCAGACGCCCCAGAUGCGUGAAGGAGAGGCACCCCGAGCAGGGCAGCCUUCACGAGGUACCAUUCUCCAUUCCCACCUCUGUUCUCUCCCUUACAGCACUCCAGCCCCACCCCAGGGUCAAUUUUUGCCCCCUCCCACCUGAACAGUGUUAUCAGCCUCCGGGGGUACCGGACGAUCGGGGGCCUACUUGGGUGGGCUCCCACGGAGCACCCCAGCGUCUGCAGGGGCUCCCGCCAGACAGGGGUGUCAUCCGUCCUGGAAGCCUGGAUGCUGAGAUAGAUUCACUCACUAGCAUGUUGGCUGAUCUGGACGGGGGUCGCAGUCAUGCUCCUCGGCGGGCAGACAGACAGGCUUUUGAGGUCCCUCCACCCCAUGCUUACCGCGCAGGCUCCCUGAAGCCCAGUGGAGGUGCUGUUCCAACCCCUAUGCUCCCAGCAGCCCCUUAUGGUGGACCUACCCCAGCCUCCUACGCCACAGCCAGCACUCCAGCUGGUCCUGCUUUCCCUGUACAAGUGAAGGUGGCUCAACCAGUGAGAGGCUGUGGACUGCCAAGGCGGAGGGCCUCUCAGGCCUCUGGGCCUCUUCCAGGCCCCCACUUUCCUUUGCCAGGCCGUAGUGAAGUCUGGGGGUCUGGCUAUAGGAGCCACCGUGAGCCAGGACCAGGGGUAAAGGAGGAAGCCGCUGGGAUACAUGGCCCUGCAGGAGGAGGAAGAGGAGGCGGGCAUGGGCCCCAGGUCCCUUUAAGCCAACCUCCGGAAGAAGAGCUAGAGAGACUGACCAAGAAAUUGGUGCAUGACAUGAGCCACCCGCCCAGUGGGGAGUACUUUGGUCGGUGUGGUGGCUGUGGCGAAGAUGUGGUUGGCGAUGGAGCUGGGGUUGUGGCCCUGGACCGUGUCUUCCAUGUUGGUUGUUUUGUGUGUUCUACCUGUCGGGCCCAGCUCCGGGGCCAGCACUUCUAUGCUGUGGAGAGGAGGGCAUAUUGUGAGAGCUGCUACGUGGCCACCCUGGAGAAGUGUUCAACAUGCUCUGAGCCCAUCCUGGACCGAAUCCUGAGGGCUAUGGGGAAGGCUUACCACCCUGGUUGCUUCACCUGUGUGGUGUGUCACCGUGGCCUCGAUGGCAUCCCUUUCACAGUGGAUGCCCCCAUCCACAUCCACUGCAUUGAGGAUUUCCACAGGAAAUUUGCCCCCCGCUGCUCAGUGUGUGGUGGGGCCAUCAUGCCAGAGCCAGGUCAGGAGGAGACAGUGAGAAUCGUUGCUCUGGAUCGAAGUUUCCACAUUGGCUGUUACAAGUGUGAGGAGUGUGGGCUGCUGCUGUCCUCUGAGGGCGAGUGUCAAGGCUGCUACCCGCUGGAUGGGCACAUCUUGUGCAAGGCUUGCAGUGCCUGGCGCAUCCAAGAGCUCUCAGCCACCAUCACCACUGACUGUUGACCCUUCCUAGAAGACCCUGCUGGGAGUCUCAGCCCCAACCAUCACCUCCCUGGGCAUCACCUUUACUGUUUGUCACCAAAUGCUGCCGCUUCCUCCUCUCUUCAUGAAAUAAUAAUCCUUGAAGAGUUUAAAAGCA